CUCACUCACAAGCUCUCUCACACACACACACAAACCUUCCCCAUUUUGCUCAAACUUUUUUUGAGGUGGGCUCCUUCAUUUAUUGACUUUAAGCUCUCUACUUUCAGAAUCCUCACUUGAUUUGCUUCUUGAAAAGCUGUUUAAUUUCACAAUUAGUUUCAUUUUUCUUCUGCUCCUCUUUCUUUUUGCUGAUAGUAGUAGCAAGAGGGGANGCUCUGUUCUCUUUUUAAAUUGAAGCUUGAAAGAUAAGGGAGAAAAAUGGCAGGAGGUGGAAAGGCAGAUGAACCAGCACCACACCCUCCAAAAGAUCAGCUCCCAAAUGUUUGUUAUUGCAUAACAAGCCCUCCUCCAUGGCCCGAGGCAAUCCUUCUUGGAUUUCAACACUAUCUCGUGAUGCUCGGGACAACCGUUAUCAUACCCACUGCCCUCGUUCCUCAAAUGGGAGGAGGAAAUGAGGAGAAAGCUAAGGUUAUUCAGACUCUGUUGUUCGUUGCUGGUUUGAACACCCUGCUGCAAACAUGGUUCGGAACAAGAUUACCUGCUGUGAUUGGGGGUUCAUACACAUUUGUUGCACCCACAAUUUCGAUUAUCCUAUCCGGUAGAUGGAGUGACCCGGAUCCAGUAUCGAGGUUCAGGAAGAUCAUGAGGGCCACUCAAGGUGCACUUAUCGUGGCAUCAACCAUUCAAAUUGUGCUUGGUUUUAGCGGUCUAUGGCGUAAUGUCGCAAGAUUUUUGAGUCCACUUUCAGCUGUUCCUUUGGUUGCUAAAUGUAUUGAAAUUGGGUUGCCACAGCUUAUCCUUCUGGUUCUGUUUUCCCAGUACUUGGCCCACCUGAUACGCCCAGGAAAGAAUAUAUUUGACCGUUUUGCUGUUAUAUUUACUGUUGUGAUCGUGUGGAUUUACGCCCAUCUUCUUACUGUGGGUGGGGCCUACAAUGGAAAGCCACCAAAGACUCAAACAAGCUGUAGAACCGAUCGUUCGGGUCUUAUUAAUGCUGCUCCAUGGAUAAGCGUUCCUUACCCUUUCCAAUGGGGUGCUCCCUCUUUUGAUGCUGGUGAAGCCUUUGCCAUGAUGAUGGCUGCAUUUGUUGCGCUUGUCGAGUCAACUGGUGGCUUUAUUGCUGUGUCCCGAUAUGCAAGUGCAACUCCAUUGCCACCAUCCAUUUUGAGCCGUGGUAUCGGCUGGCAGUCAGAUGAAAAUGCUGGCCUUUUAGCACUGACCCGUGUUGGCAGUAGAAGAGUAGUGCAGAUAUCUGCUGGAUUCAUGAUUUUCUUCUCUGUUCUCGGGAAAUUCGGGGCCGUUUUUGCUUCAAUUCCAGCACCUAUUGUGGCUGCAUUGUAUUGCCUCUUCUUUGCUUAUGUUGGUGCUGCUGGUUUGAGUUUUCUUCAAUUCUGCAACCUAAACAGCUUCCGAACCAAGUUCAUAUUGGGCUUUUCGAUUUUCCUUGGCUUAUCCAUUCCCCAAUACUUUAACGAGUACACGGCUAUUCAAGGAUACGGGCCUUUCAACGACAUUAUCAACGUCCCGUUUUCUUCGGAGGCUUUUGUUGCCAGUAUAGUGGCUUAUUUCUUGGAUAACACAAUGCACAAAAAAGAUGGCCAGAUAAGGAAAGAUAGAGGCAAACAUUGGUGGGACAAAUUCCGAUCGUUCAAAACCGACACAAGAAGUGAGGAAUUCUACUCUCUUCCCUUUAACCUCAACAAAUAUUUCCCAUCCGUUUAAAUGCGCGAUUUAUGGUGAAAUCCUCGUGUUUUAUGGGAAAAAAAUAGAGAAGGGUCUCGUUUUUUUUUUUUGGUCGAACGUGUUGUUUGACUGUUGCUCGUCUAAAGUAGUUGCGAAGUAUUUCGAAAGUGUUGUUCAGUGACUGUGUUGUGUGCCACUGUUACUUUGGCUUUGUAGUAGAAGUAUAAAUAGCUCCCUAACAAUUUGAAAGAUUCUUUAAAUUCAUCUGUUUUGCUGUAAAUUUUUAAUUGUAAUUUAUGGAGUGGCAUGAGAUAUGAGUGAUUCUUACUUAGC